UCUCUCUCUCUCUCUCUCGUUGUGACAGAAGCAAGAGAAAAUGGGCUUCACUGUAGAUAAAGCUCUUGUACUGCUGCAGCUUUCACUGCUAUGUUUCAAUGUGUAUGGCGACAAAGAGUACCUUCAUUUGAUCUCCCCAGCUGUGUCACCGACACACCACCACCACCACCAUGCCCAUCCACCAGCUCUUGCACCGACUCACCAUCACCCCCACCACCACCACCUCGUUCACUCACCCACUCAUGCCCCAGUUUACUCUCCUCUGCACUCUCCAGCCCAUGCACCAGUCCACCCUCCAAUGCCACACUCACAUCCUCCUGUUCAACCUCCCAUGCACUCUCCACCAAAAACCCAACAACCACCUGUUAAACCACCCACUCUGCCGCCGAAACACCCACAACCACCUGUUAAAACACCUACUCUGCCGCCGAAACACCCACAACCACCUGUCGCUCAGCCACCAAAACACCCACAACCACCGGCUCCGUCGCCAAGCUAUCACUUCCCAAGGAGCUUAGUGGCGGUGCAAGGCGUUGUAUAUUGUAAGUCAUGCAAGUAUUCUGGGGUGGAUACCCUCUUGGGAGCUUCACCACUUUCUGGUGCAACAGUAAAGUUACAGUGCAAUAAUACCAAGCACCCACAAGAAGCCAAGGCCACAACGGACAAGAACGGCUACUUCUUCCUCGAAGCACCCAAGAAAAUCACCAACUACGGGGCCCACAAAUGCAAAGUGUCAUUGGUCUCAGCACCAAACACCGCAUGCGGCAAAGCAACUGAUCUCAACGGUGGAGUGAGUGGCGGAGCGUUGAGGCCGGAGAAGAAAUACGUUUCACAUCAGCUUCCAUUUGUUCUGUAUACAGUUGGUCCUUUUGCAUUCGAGCCCAAGUGCCCCCGUUGAUUGAUGUCUAGCCUGCCACCAGUUUAUUAAUUAUUAGUGUUACUUUAAUUAUGUCUUCUUUUUUAUUUUUAGAUAUAUAAUAUAGUUUGAGGUUUUCAUGCUGUGUGUUUCUGAUCUGUAAUGGGAGGUUUGUUAAGUAUCAUUAAUCAGUGUGAUCUUUGUUUAUGUGAAAUAAAUGAUAGUGGUAUUCAUGGAUUAGCAGUAAA